AAAAUGGAAUGGACAUGCUUAAAACGAUCAGUUAUUUGUUGAUCUCAAUGCUUUUACGAACUGGUGAUAGAGUUAAAUGUGCUGAAAUUACAGAAGAACGGCUAAGUGGUUGCUUUUUUACUCCCAAAAAGAGGCUUUAUUUGAAUUUUAUUAAAGAUACACAAUUAAAUGUAUUGAAGUUAGAGAAUGUUGGCCCUGCGAUUCCUUUUAUAGUAAGGUGUUAG